AAACAUUCGUGCAGGUUGGACGUUUGUGCAAUAGUUUUUCGAAAGCGCGUACUGUGUCGUUUUUUUUUGUUUUUAUAUCGUAGAUUAUUGUGUAUCGCUUUUUGUUUGUUAUCGUCUAGUUCGGUGGCAAGUCACGUGCGGCGAGCAGGAAAAUCACGAAUUACCCGUUUCGAUUGUUUGUUCUGGUGUUCAACAAGCUUGUGUUCGACAUUUCCAAGUGUCUGCUUUGGAGUUCUUUAAAUCCAGUGCUGUAGGAGUUGAAGUUGCUGUUCUCAAAUCAGCUGUGUUUGGGUGAUUGUGCACGACGAAGAAUUCUCUCUGUACUAAUACACAACAAGUUGGGCUCUCCCUUUAUUGAAUUGAGUGAUUGUUAGUACUGGUUUUGGCGCGUGUGUUGUAAUCGCAGCUGAGUCGACCUGUGUGUACAACAAAUACAGUAGCUUGCGACGAGCAGCAGCAGCGUAAACCGUAGAAGUUUGGAUGAAUCAGGCGUAAAAUUUGUGGCGACGGAACGGAUUCCGGCGUAGCAAACGGUGAAACGUUUAGUUGCUGAUAACGACGAUAACAUCUAUUAAUACAUUUCAAUAUGGCAAUAUAACGACUAAAGAUUGAUUUCAUGAAGCAAUUACUCUUCGGCGCCUAAGAGUGGAGAUCUUCCAGCACAGCCAAUCCAACCUCAUCUACCUCAUCAAAAGCAACGCUUUGAGAUCAUCACAGAAAAAAAGGUCGGAGAAUGAAACAGAACAGCACCCAACGGCUGCCGUAGAGAAAUGAAAGCAAAAUUUCUACCCAACAAAACGAAGUUGUGAAUGAGUCAAGAAUCCUUCUACGUUUGGAUGGUCUGGGCUGAACGCAACCGUUCGGAAGGCAGCAACGGAAACAAGUGAAAAGUCUCGUCAGAAGGCGAAAGUGAGAAAUCGUAGAAAAAGGAAGCAAGUGUUUAAACUAAUACCCGCAGGAAGCCACGGCAAUAUGCAGCAACCGGCCGAGGCGUGGUGAUUAAUAGGAAAUUAUCCGACCCAUUAGCCUUUUCAAGCCAGCCAGUCAGCUAGCCGAGAAGAGAGCGAUUCAUCCGGUGUGGUUUAGGUGCGCAAGAAGAUAAGUGUCGUACACGGUGACAGUGAGUGAAACCACCGCCAAUGUACCACCAGCAGCGGCAUCACGCGUCAUCCUCGCAGCUGUCCUCGUCCUCCUCGAUCGGUUCACCGAUGAAUCACAAAGACCUGGAAGCGGAACUGGAUGAAUACCUGUCCGAGUACAAACUGCAGGCACCGAUCGAACCCAUCAGUCACUAUGCAGACGGAGAACUGGAAGCAGAAUGGCUGAAUGCCGCCGGAUUUCCACAGCUGACCAGGGCCUUCGAGGAGGGUCGCGAACUCUCCACGACAGAGCUCGUGCCGGUCAUCGCUAGCCUGUCCACGGCCCAUGCGGAAGCGGUCAAGCAGAGGGUGAACGCCCUCAACCGAACGGUCCGCGGCCGGACCCGUAACCGGGGCAGCAAAAAGCCCGACAUUCGGGACGUGUUCCGGGACCUGGACUCGUCCAGCACGGGAACACGAUCGCGCAGUGCCACUCCGGACUCGCUCGAUUCACUGCCCGGCGACGACAGCUGGAACGGUGGCGUGGGCGGCCACAAUGGGAACCAUCACCAUCACCACAUUCCGAGCUUCGUGUCGGUGUUCGAUGGCGGAAGUGGGGCCGUGGUGCGACCGACGCCCUUCCGCGGCAAGCAGAACCUCCGGCGGACCCCGAGUGCACCGUUGCGCGGCUCGGCCGAACUGUUCCGGGGGUCGCACGUGCGCUGUGAUAUACCCUUUCAUAAUGCAGAGGGCAUAGAAUUACUAAACUUUCAGAGACUGGGAACCAUUCACAUACCAAGGAUCCGGUCGGGAUCGGAUCCUUCCUGUACGAUAGGAACUCGUGGCGGCCAGCACAUCUCCGGCACCCGCAGCCAUACGAACCUGUACAACGACAACCAGAGCAACGACGACUCGGGCAACUCGUCGUCUGAGCAGAGUCCGCCGAACUCUCCGCCUCGCAGCAGUCUGCUCUGUUCCGUCGAGAACUCGUCCUCCUACGAACCGGUCAGCUUCGAGAGCAUGAUCAAGCAAACGUCGACGCCGCUGCACGAGACGGCGUCCGCCACGCAGAAGCUGUGGAACCUGCGCGAACCGUGCUGCGACAUCGACCAGGUGUCCGAGGGGGACGUCAAGCGGCUGCAGCCGCUGCUGUGGCUCGAGCUGGCCUCGCUGUUCGACAACAACCGCGUGGCGCUGGACAAGCGGAAACCGUUCAAACGAAAACGAAAGGAGGAGGGCAACGUCUUUGGAGUAUCACUGAACGCACUGGUGAGACGCGACCAACAGAUUACCGGCGAGGACACCACCCUCGUGCCUCUGAUAUUGCAAGCGAUCUUAUCUGAGCUAAGGUUACGCGGUGCUAGAGAGGAAGGCAUCCUGCGGGUUCCGGGACACAAACAAAAGACCGAAGCCUUUUACAACGAAAUUGAGCACAAUUUCUACUACAAACCGGAGAAGAUCGAACCACUCUUCAAGAAGGCCGGCGUGCACGACUUGAGUGCACUGUUGAAGCGCUGGUUACGCGAACUACCUCAACCGCUGCUAGCCAACGAUCUAGUGCAUCUUUUCUAUCAAACGAAUGUCCUACCUCCAAACGAUCAGUACAAAGCACUGGCGGUGCUUUGCCAGCUGUUACCGCACGAGAACCGGAACACCCUGCGGGAGCUGUUGAGCUUUUUCCGGCUUGUCGUCGAGCGCCAGGACACGAACAAGAUGAGCCAGCAGAACGUGGCGACCAUCAUUGCGCCGUCGCUGUUCCCACCGAGAUUCAUCCACCCACCGGACAAGAACGACAUCGGCGCCCAGGUUCGAAUGGCCGCACAGUGUUGCCAUCUGACGAACGUGCUCAUCACGCUCUCGGACGACCUCUGGCUGGUGCCCAUCCGGCUAAUCGAGCAGAGCAAAAUGAUCAACAAAAAUGGCCAGCCCAAACGUCAGCUGACGCGAAAAACCAAAAAUCCUGCUUCCGGCAGCGGUGAUUUCGUCAUCGAUACCAACCACAUCCAUAGAUUAGUCAUCUGAGAGCGGAGAGAACAAAGGGCCGCGUGGCCAACCAAUCAAUCAACCAAUAGGUUUAAGUCCGUCCACACGUCUUCGCGCGUUUAAGCUUUCAAACCCCUUAUUUUUGGCACCGAUCAGGCGGAAGUUUACUGCGCUGGACUGACCGUUUAUAACGGCUUGCUCCCACACUCACUGCUCGCUGGUUUAGCUAAUUAUUUCCAGAUUGAAUGGUUUGUUUUACCAAGUGUGUGUGCGUUUCUUUUCUAAGUGUGUGUGUGUACGUGUGUAAUUUAGUGUGUUAGUAUUACUAUUUUGCUUUACCGAAAUAGAGAGAGUGAUGUUACUCAAGAAGAAUCGUUUAUAGCCCAUUCAGAUGGAGGAAGUGCGCGUGUUUGAUUAGGUUUACCAUUUAUUUUCAUUUACCAACCACCCACCGGAUUCCGGCUUUUCGAGUGGAACCAGACUAAAUAUAGAACGUUUAAUGCCCAUUUGGCGGAGCUAAAUUUAAACCUUGGAAGUGGUAGUAGCAGCAGUGGCGAUUUUGGCAAUAAUUUUGGAUAAUAAAAAGAAGAAACUGCAAUACCUUGCAGCAGAAUACUGGAACAUACGUAACAUUCGCCUUAAAACAUGAUGAUAGUCAUUAUAACGAGUAUUUAUUACGGUGUUAAGUCAAAGAUUGUAUAUAAGGAAGUUUAACUUGGAUAUAUUCUGUACAUAUGAGCGUGAAAUCGAUAAUUAAUACUGAUAUGAAAAUAAAAUGUAGUGUUUCCUGUAUAAAA